AUGGCCCGCCGUUCCGCGCGCUUGGCCAGCCUGACCAAGGCGCCAAAACCGGCCACUGAAUCCCCUCCUCUAUCAUCCGUCGCCGAGCACGAUGACAGUCCAACCAAGGCGGCGCCCGCGCCCGCGCCCGAGCCAGAGCCAAAACCUGUUGGCAACAGCCGCGAUCCCGUUCCUUCAUCUCCUGCCCUCGGACCUAAGACCCCCGGCGGUUCAUCUCCCAUCAAGCCGCCCAUGUCGGAAAUGCAUCCGAGCAAGGUGCGCCCAACAAUGGGACCUCCUUCGUCUGGACUGCGCCUCGGUUUCACCGACAUCAAACCUACGACCAGCCGCGAUGGCAACGGCAUCAUCGCAGCAACCCAAACGACGCCUUCGCGCGUCACGGUCCCUUCAUCGCCGUUUACGUUCCGCAUGACGCGCGACACGCCCAACUCGGAUAUGGGGCUGGGCCCAGAGGCUCAGCGCAUGAUGGAGCAGCUUCGUGGUGACGCAGCCAAGAUUCGCGAGGAACUGAGGGCUAAGCGUGACGCAGAGCAGGCGGACGCGAAUGCGGGUCUUGACGGUGUCGGCGGCCGCAAGAUUGCCCUGGCCAAAGGCAAGGCCAGCCGGUUUAGUGCUGCGCAUAUGGCUGAGUUCAAGAAGAUGGAUUCAAUUGCCAACCAUCCUUCCGCUUUUCGGGCCCAGCAGGGGCGGACUACGCCACUCAAGGCGGGCGUUAAGCGGUCGAAUGCGGAUCUUGACGAGGUGGACGAGGUCGCCUCUUCCAAAGCGCCCACUCCUGCCCGCAGCGCAACUAUUAAAGAGCCUAGCACAACCGCCAAGCGUGCGCGACAGAAGGUGGAUGAUGACGCAUCGAGCAAGGGCCCCACAUCUCGUGACGGGAGCUCCAUUCCGGCGCCCAGGUCGGGAGGACUCGGUAUCCCCCGGUCGAAAUCGAACCUCGCGUCUACCAUGACGCCGACCAAGUCCUCGUUAGCUCGGACAACCAGCGUCAAGUCGCCGUCCAAGGCCACACCCAGCGGCAUUCCGCGGUCUGCUACUACCAACAGCCUCCCUAUUUCCCACCCCGCAACCGACAAGGAGCCCGAGGCCGAGGCUGAGGCUAAGACACCUGCUAGCCGAUUCGAUAGAGUUAAAGCCAUGUUGCGCAACACGAAAGCGAGCACGACCAAGCCGAAGAGUGCUCUACCAGUCCCUUCGGCCGUCACUUCUCAGACCCCAGCGCCCGCUCGCCAGGAGCGCCCGACUUUCACUGCCCCCAUGACCACACCUGGUCGUAAAGCAAUCAAACGUGUCGCUUUCACCCCCGACACCACCCAGCGCACAGUUCUGGCCCAAAACUCACCAUCUCCCAUCAAAUCUAUCCUCCGCGUCGGCGGCUCUCAGCCCCAACGUGAGAUCCAUUAUCCUUCCCUUGAAGGCGUCUUAGCCGAGACUACGGGGUCGACAGCGACCACAGAUUCAGACGGCGUUUCCUACCCCAACCUAUCGGCGCGCCGGCCGCUUCCCCAACCACCGUUACAGCCAGAACUUUCCACGCCAUUCUCAUCCGCCAAAACUACCUCCGCCAAACCCGCGUUCCCUGUCUCGGGCCCGGGCGAUUUUACCUUCCGAAGCGACCACACCAUCAGCUUCAACACCACCGCUACCCGGUCCUUUGGCUCCUCCCCUGGUCAGACCUCUGUCCGCGCCGUGCGCCCUUCGAUCGUACCCCCUUCUGUCGAGACCGAUGUCAGCGUUAGCAGUAUGCCGGGUAGCUUCCCACCGUCUGCUACAGAGUCUCUCUCCGACUCGGCCACCCCGGGUUCCGGUGCUAGCGGCGCUGGUUCAAAUAAGGAGAACGAAACCCCCACGCUCCCCCGCCCCGGUAGCACCAGCGUCAAGAAGACUGGAACGAGCUAUACCAACGACAACAACAACACUGGUGUCUUCCGCGCCCUGCCACACGGCAUGUCCACCAAGAAGCGCCACCGCGUCAGCACUGACGAAGAGGAAGCCGAGCAGGAAGCUGCCGAGCGUGCGGCGAAGAAGCGACGCGCGGAGAAUCUCCCCGAAGGCGACGCGCUAUUGGCACCGAGGCUUGUUGCGGCUGGCAAGACCAGCACGAUCAAUGGUGGCAUCCCCAACGCCAGUGUCAGGCGUGGUGCUUUCACCAGUCCGCGUAAGCUGGCGGUGCCGGGCCGCGUGGGACCUGCGCCGGGCACGCCGAGCCCGAUGAAGAGGAAGGGGAUCAGUCUGAGCCGGCUGAAUAUGCUGGCUCGGCCGAAAAUGCGGAAAUAG